GAGUUGAACAUCAUGUGAGGGAAUUAAGAGGCUCUCAGAGUAAAGAUAACCAAGUCACACAUCCAGUCAGUUUAUACACUCAUCAACCCUGGAGUCUUCAAUCGUGGAAUCCACCGAGGCCGAGGCCGAGGAGAAUACUCCUGCAGGUUGGGAGGACGGUGAAGAUGCCCGAGAUAGAGAGGAUGAAUCUAAAGCUAUAGAGUUCGAGAGAGCUGCUGAGGCUAGACACUCGGAGAAGGUUGCCUCCCGUCAGAUGAACCUUGAUGCUAAAGCGCACCACCCGCCUGAUUCCUUCUUCAGAAGUCUAGACAGCUCGGUGAAGAAGAACAGUGUGUUUGUCAAGAAACUCAGCUCGCUUACCGAACAGAGCAGAGACAAGUUGGUAUCUGAUCUGAACUCGCUUAAUCUCACCAAGUAUAUCGAGGAGGUGGUCAAUGCUAUCUGCUCAGCUAAGUUGAAGAUGCAAGACAUGAACUGUGCCAUACACCUCUGCUCGCUUCUCCACAGAAGGUACAGUGACUUCUCUCUACUCCUCCUGAAAACUCUGCAACAUGCUCUCAACAACCUCCACAAAGAUGAUAAGGUAUCAAGAGUUCGUAUAGAGCUGCGUUUACUUGGACAAAUGUUAGUUCUGGGGAUCAUCACCGAUCAGAAGGAGGGCUUCACUCUUCUUCAUAACACACUCUGCAAGAUCGUCGAGAACGAUAAGGACAAGUUGGAGUUUUUACCGGCGAUGGUGUCCUUUGUUAAACACUGCGGAGUAGACAUUCUGGGAGUCCAGUCUACCAAAAACAGGCAGCUGAUAGAGCAACAUAACAUCACAGUUCCUGCCAUAAAGAUACUGUCAAAAGAUAAGCAGCAGAUAUUUGCUGAUCUCCUGAAAGAGUACAGCUCUGCUGUGAUAUUAUCUCUGGUUAGACUCCACAACAAGCUCAUGAAGUGCCUCAAGCACAACAAGAAAACUCUGCUAAUGAAAGGUGAAAUUUCUGCGGAGAAGAUAGAGCUAUCAGAGAAGCUAGCUGCUCAGCACAGCAAACUCCUGAUGAACGCCACCACACUCGCGGAACUGCUCGACAUUAUCAUACCCGACCUGCCCAACUUGCAAGCACUGGAUGACGAUGAAAUGGACUGUAACUCUCCUGCUAACGCUAACUCUGAUUUGGGUGACAUAAGUUUGUGGGAGGAUGAGGACCAGAAAACAUUUUACCGAGAUAUUCUGGACCUGACUGGAAUUGUACCUCAAAUACUUUACAAAAAGGAUAAAGCGAAGGCUGAUCAAAAAGCCAAAGAAGAGGAAGAAUCUAAGAAAAAGGAAGAGGAAGAGAAGGAUAAGGAUAAGGAUAAGGAUAAGGAAGAAGAGAAGGAGGAAGAAAUAACUGAAGAGGUUUUGGAGGAAGAGUUCAAGAAACUGAAUAUCGAGGAGGAAGAUGAUGAUGAUGAGGAGGAAGAGGAGAUUGUUGUAACGGAGACGACACAAAACGCCAACAACAAAGAGGACCCUGAUGGGUUUGGAACCAGCACUAUUACUAUCAGUAAUAAGGCUAUGAUGGAGAGUUUCAUUGCCAAACUCUCCAAUAUUAGCAACCGUGAUCUUGUUAACGAGGUUGCACAAGAGUUCUGUUUGAAGUUGAACACCAAAAGUAACCGAAAGAAGCUAGUGAGGGCACUGUACGGUGUAUCAAGAAACAGGUUAGAUCUGUUGCCUUUCCACGGCCGCCUAGUCAGAACUCUGUCCCCUAUCUUACCUGAUAUCCCAACGGACUUGUUCACCCUUCUGAAGAAAGAGUUUAUCUAUCAUUUAAGGAAGAAAGAUCAGAAUAACCUUGAGACAAAAGUGAAGAAUAUCCGAUUUAUUGGGGAACUCUGCAAAUUUGAGAUGUGCGAGAAUUCGGAUGCUCUCUGGUGCCUACGAGUUUUGCUAGAGCAGUUCACACAUCACAACAUUGAGAUAGCCUGCAGUCUGGUGGAAUGUUGCGGAAGAUACCUCUUCAGAUCUCCGGAAACUCAUCUGAAAACUAACCAUCUUCUUGACCAAAUGAUGCGGAAGAAAGCUGUUCACAACUUGGAUACAAGGCAGAUUACUAUGGUUGAGAAUGCGUACUAUUAUUGUAACCCACCUGAUCGUGUGGCUUAUGUUAAGAAAGUUAGACCUCCACUUCACGAGUACAUAAGGAAACUUUUGAUCAAAGACCUCAACAAGAAUAACAUCGAGAAAAUACUCCGACAGUUCAGAAAACUCCCUUGGCAAGACGAUGAAGUAGCAAUGUACGCUGUCAAAUGUUUGUGCAGAGUUUGGAACGUUAAGUACAAUAACAUCUACUGUGUGGCAUCUCUGCUGGCCGGACUUGCCCAGUUUCAGGAGACAGUUGGUAUCCUGGUGGUGGACAAUGUUCUAGAAGCUAUGCGUAUAGGCAUGGAGAUAAACCAGCCUCAGUACAACCAGAGGAGGAUCUCUGAAGCGAAACUCCUGGGAGAACUGUAUAACUAUAGGAUGAUUGAGAGUAAUAUUAUUUUCAAUUCUCUUUAUCUCGUUAUCUCCUUCGGAGCUCUACCUGAUGGAACGAACCCGAUUGACCAGCCCGCUGACAUGAUAAGAACGAGAAUAGUUAUCACUAUACUGGAGACUUGUGGGCAAUAUUUCGAGAAGGGGUCUCUUAAGAAGAAGUGUGAUAUCUUCUUACUCUUCUUCCAGAAAUACCUGUUUACGAAAGUACAGCCACUCCCAAUAGACGUGGAGUACAGCAUACAGGAUACUCUGGAAAGCAUCCGACCUAACAUUACCAUGUACCCUUCUGUCGCUGAGGUGGAUCUGGCUAUUGCUGAGAUAUCUCCGCAACUAAAGAACCUUCUAGGAAGUCAAGAAGACGCAGAAGAAACAGAAGAGGACGAGGAUACGGAGACUGAAGACCAGGGACCAGGAGAAGAGACACCCGAUGAGAACGAGGAGGAGCUCCAACUCAACAAGAAACUUGAGACAGUAAAGUGCGAGGAGGAUGACGAGUUCAUCGCAGAACUGGAGCGUACUAUGACGUCAGAACUGACCGGGAGAAAGAUGGACAGUACAGUUAACAAAGUAAACAGUAGUGACCUUGCCCUGCCUAUGAAUAGGGGCUUCAAAGGACACAAGAUUGAGGGAAACUCCGUGCAGUUCAGUGUCAUGAUAAAGAAAGGUUCCAAACAACAAUUCAAGAAGAUGGAUAUUCCAGUGGAGUCUGACUUUGCAAGUAACCUGUUUGACAAGCAGAAAGCAGCGGUUAGGGAACGAGAGGAGAUGAAAAGGCUGGUGUUGAGUCAGGAGAUGAGACAAGAAGAAGAGGAGCUAAUGGCUGAACAGUUGGAUCAGCACAAGACUUCCGGUGUGACCUACCGAGCUGGGGAACGGAAACAAAAACCCAGGAAAGCUCCACAGCUUACGACAGACAUGUUCAACUUCAGCAGUGCCAAAUAACUCCCACGUGCCGAGUAACUCCCACGUGAUAUUUCAGACGAAUCUUGUGAUAGUGAUCUUUGGUCGCUGAGUCUAGAAUUAUGAAUCGGAGAACAAGAAAGGGGGAAUUGUUGCGCUGCGCUGAUGAAAUACUGGGCUUAGUACUGGUAAGACGAAACUGAUAAAUGUUCUUGGUUGAAAGUCCGAAGUGAGGCUUCAGGAAUGAUAGAAAAUAUUUAUAACAUAAACAAUAAUUUAUUCUAUUUUUAAUAUGUUCAAUUAGCGGACAUCUAUCGAAUUUUAAUCUCCUUACAUUGAUUGAAUAGUGCUUUAGGGUAAAAUGUUACAUGUUAGAUCCUGGUCAACGAACGGACAGAGGACUUUCAUAUUACGUCUUGAAUUGUGUCUUAAAAUCCUUGCGUCUUUCCUCUUUUUCUUUUCGACUUUUAAUUAGAUUCAAAUAAUUCGAGUAGCUUAAAUCACUGUUGGGACAGUCUACAAAUUCUUAUACGAGUUAAAUUUGUCGUAUGUCAGAUGGAUCUGUGAUAAUAUGUCAAGAUGGUAAAUGUAACCUAAUAACAUUACUUACAUUUUAUUUUCAAAA